UUUUUUUUUCUGGUUUGUGUGCUUGAAGGUGGUGGAGUAGGAGGGGAGGAGGAGCUUGGAGGGUUUUAGAGGAUUGUAAGAAGACAGAAGGUGUUGAGAAGGAGGAAGAGGAGAGGGAGUGGCGGUGUUUUGGUGGAACUACGAUGUUGAGGCGGGUGGUGGAGAAAUCGGGGUCUGCCACUAGGCGGUUGUUGCGCGAGCAGAAUGGUGCGGUGGCAGCAAGGCGGUUUCAGCAGCCGAGGCGUGGUUUAGCAGUGGAUGCUAAGUCGUAUCCGCUAGUGGACCACACAUAUGACGCCAUUGUUGUUGGAGCGGGAGGGGCUGGGCUUAGGGCAGCCAUUGGUUUAUCCGAGAGCGGAUUCAACACUGCUUGUAUCACAAAGCUUUUUCCCACGAGGUCUCACACAGUUGCGGCACAGGGUGGUAUUAAUGCAGCCUUGGGAAACAUGACUGAGGAUGAUUGGAGGUGGCAUAUGUAUGACACUGUGAAAGGCAGUGAUUGGCUCGGUGAUCAAGAUGCCAUCCAGUACAUGUGUCGGGAAGCUCCAAAGGCGGUCAUUGAAUUAGAAAAUUAUGGACUCCCGUUCUCGCGUACUGAGGAAGGGAAGAUCUACCAACGUGCUUUUGGGGGUCAGAGCCUGAAUUUUGGGAAAGGUGGUCAAGCAUAUCGAUGUGCGGCUGCAGCGGAUCGCACUGGGCAUGCCAUGCUUCACACCUUGUAUGGUCAAGCCAUGAAGCAUAACACUCAGUUUUUUGUUGAGUAUUUUGCUCUUGACCUGAUCAUGGAUGAUGAAGGUGCCUGCAGAGGAGUGACUGCAUUGAACAUGGAGGAUGGUACUCUUCACCGCUUCCGUGCAGCGAAUACGAUUCUUGCAACUGGGGGUUACGGACGAGCAUAUUUCUCAGCUACGUCUGCGCAUACAUGCACUGGCGAUGGUAAUGCCAUGGCUGCUCGGGCUGGCUUGCCUCUACAGGAUUUGGAGUUUGUCCAGUUUCACCCAACUGGAAUCUAUGGAGCUGGCUGUCUCAUCACCGAAGGGUCUAGAGGAGAAGGAGGCAUCUUACGAAACAGUGAGGGAGAGAGGUUUAUGGAAAGAUAUGCGCCAACUGCGAAGGAUUUGGCAUCUCGAGAUGUUGUGUCACGAUCAAUGACAAUGGAAAUUCGUGAAGGACGUGGUGUUGGACCUGAAAAGGAUCACAUUUAUCUUCACCUGAACCACUUGCCCCCAGAAGUGUUAAAGGAACGUCUUCCUGGAAUUUCGGAAACUGCUGCCAUUUUUGCUGGUGUAGAUGUAACGAAGGAACCCAUUCCUGUUCUACCAACUGUACAUUACAACAUGGGUGGUAUCCCUACCAACCACCAUGGCGAGGUUGUGACGAAAAAAGGUAAUGAUCCGGAUUGUAUGAUUCCCGGGUUGAUGGCUGCUGGUGAGGCUGCAUGUGCUUCUGUUCAUGGGGCCAAUCGACUCGGAGCCAACUCACUUCUCGAUAUUGUGGUAUUCGGACGAGCUUGUGCAAAUCGAGUAGCCGAAAAGUUCAAGCCUGGUCAGUCCCAGCCUGAGCUGCCCAAGGAUGCUGGAGAGAAGACCAUUGCAUGGUUGGACAAACUGCGAUAUGCUAACGGUGACCUUCCAACAUCAGAAAUUCGUAACAGAAUGCAGCGUACCAUGCAAAAUAAUGCUGCUGUCUUUCGGACUCAGGAGACUUUGGAGGAAGGUUGCAAAUUGAUUGAUGAAACCGUGGAUUCUUUCUCUCGCGUCAAGAUCAAUGAUCGCAGUCUAACUUGGAACACUGACUUGAUCGAAACAAUUGAGUUAGAGAACCUCUUGAUUAAUGCCUCGAUCACUAUGCACUCGGCUGAGGCCCGCAAGGAAAGUCGUGGGGCUCAUGCUCGUGAGGACUUUUCGGUACGCGAUGACGAGAAGUGGAUGAAACACACUCUUGGAUUUUGGGAUGAGAACAGGGUGAAAUUGGACUAUCGUCCAGUCCACAUGAACACCUUGGAUGACGAGGUUGAGACCUUCCCACCAAAAGCUCGCGUUUACUAGAGAAAGACUUUUAUUGAUUUGCAACAUAAAGAAAACAAAGAACUGUAGAGGAUUCUAGUAUCCUUAUCGAACGUAAAUCCAUCACUGUGACUGUCUUCUGUUUCUCCGAACAGAGUGGGAAAACCGUAAGGUAUUUGCACUCUGGCAUGCACGCAGCAUACAAAUAAUAGGUUUCAAAAUAAUAACUACCUCUAUCUUGAUGGUACCAUUCUCUCGACUACAUUGUUCAAUUCACCCAAUCCACAUAUUUAGGGCUGAUCCUCUUAGGAGGACAUUCAAUAUCAGAGGAUGCCAGAAAUUUUAGCAGCCAUCGAUAUAACCAGGGCUCGACUUUCUAGAAAGUAGGCGAUUAACUUGCAGACUUAUCUCUGCCAGUUGUAACAUUUUUGACACAUUGCCUAGGGUGAGUUGCAUGCAUCAAUACGGAUGUUUACACAGAAUGUAACGAUCUUCUGAUGUUAAAAAAUGACUCGCAAAUUAUGGGUUGUUUGAACCUUGAUAUUA